AUGUCCGAUUUACUCCAUUUCCUGUUUACCCAUGAGGAGGCGUUUCAGAGCAAGAGACGAGUAGCAUCAUUAUAUUCCGAUUUUCCCGCCCAUCGAACCGCCAAUCCAGACGGCUACACCGCCAAUCUCGACGCAUGGAGAAACGCGUUAGCGCACGCAGCCCGGGCGGGUGCUUUACCCGGACAGUCUGGAGCGGCAACGACGGUUAACAACACAACUGAUGCGACGGGAAGCGACACGUACAUACUGGAGUCUGGGGAGAAGCUCGCGAAAGCUCUCGAAACUAGAGAAUUAGGGAGGCCUUCCGGGCUUGGAGAUGUCAUUGCGGACGCCAUCGCACGCGAUGUGUUUAUACCUUUGGAGGAGUUCCUUUCUGCCACGAGUAAUAUCUCCAAGCGAAAUACAGGCUGGCUGGGGAGUAUAUCGCCCUGGGAGGUGAUGCGGUGGGGAUUGAGACGAUUGGGUGUACCCGAUUUGUCAGGAACUCAUUCAUCCGCAACGGGUAGAUUUGUCCUUCGAGAAAACCUCGAGGCCACGACUUCACAAAUUCUAGCACAUUUGCGGAACGACCAUUCAACGCUCGUAUUCACACCGACAACGCUGUCUCAUCUUGUAUCAAAGCUCUCCUCCAAACCCCACCCAUCUCCUCUGUCCAUGGAACUCCUUAUUCUUCAUCUGUCUCGCGAUACCGAUCCUCCGGUGGCUACCUACUCGCGUGAGAGCAGCACAGUUAAAUUUGCCCUGCCAGGCUCCUCCAAUCCGCCACCCCCCAUUAAUGAGGCUGAUGUGACCGUGGCGCAGCUUGAUACGAUUAUCUCCAAGCUUUCCCCAUCCAUUUCCGAGCUUGAGAACCAGGUUUCUCAUCAUGAACGGGCUGCGCGCACGGCGCUUGAAGGCAAACGCCGAGGCGCGGCGCUCUCUGCUUUGAGAUCAAGAAAACUAGCCGAAUCUUCUGCCGAGAAGCGCCGCGAGACACUGCAUCAGCUUCAAUCCCUUCGUUUGCAAAUUGAAGAUGCGUCCACCCAAGUGGAAGUUGUUCGGGCAAUGAAGAGUUCGACAAAUGCGCUCCAGGGUCUCAAUAAGGCCGUUGGUGGGGUAGAAGGCGUCGAAGACGUUGUGGACCGCCUUCAGGAACAACUGGGCAUAUCAGGGGAAAUUUCGAGCGUCAUUACCGGCCAGGCUGAAAUCUCCGUCGAUGAAGGCGACGUAGAGGAUGAGUUGGAACGGCUGGAGGGAGAGGAGAAGGCCAAAGCAGAGGAGAAGGCCAAAGCAGAGGAGAAGGCCAAAGCAGAGGAGAAGACCAAAGCAGAGGAGAAGGCCCAAGCGAUGGCAGGGGUCGAGCAAUCCCAAGAAAACGACCAGGAGCUAGAGAAGCUGAAAGCACGCCUGGCCUCCCUGGACCAGAUUGGAAAAGAGUCCGGAGCGGAACAGACGAAAAUCACGGACACCUCGGGUCCAGCAACGGCUACAAGCUUGAGUAACUCGGAGAAGGAGCUCGAGGAAGCACAAGCUCGUAUGGCUAAUAUUCAUUUAGAUCCGAAUGAGAGGGAUCUGCCGGCUUUGGCAGAGGCACAAUGA